UUUCGGUCGUACGCCUUCAGUUGUGCAAGAACUCUUCGUGUAUGAACAUGUCGAGGAAAAAGUGAUGUGUGGACGAUAAAUAAAUAAAUAACUCAGAGUGACUUCUAUCGGUUCGUUUUUCGCUUUAUUCUUUACGCAGAUUUGUGUGUCAGAAUCGGACUGUGUGUUAUAUCAGUUAUAUAGCUAAAUGAUAAUCAAAUGUGCUAAAAUCUAGAUUAUGUUAACAAGAAUCACGUGAUACGAUUUGCUAUGCAACAGAAAUUAGUUUCACAGUUAAGUUAAAGUUUGAAUUUGGCAACAAAAUCAAUUUUUUGUUGGUCGAAAGAGUCAGUUCGAGUUCGGUUUUUAAGAAAAUUAAUAAUAAGUAAGAGAAGCCCACGGAGCAGCCGCUUGGUAAAAUGCAGAUUUAUUUUGGAUUAUUUCUCCUUGCGACUGUUACAUUUGCGACCACAGCAGCUAAAGAUGGCCACCAAGUACAUUGCUCUGAAGAUUGGAUGAAAGUAGACAUAAUUUUGCCAUCGAUACCGGGAUCUCUAGUAUACCUGGAAGGAAUGAAAGGUUACCCGAAUCCAAAAUGUCAACCAGAAUCAACGACCGAACUGGCACAAUUCAAAUUAUCGUUGAAAGACUUCUAUGAGUGUGGUGUGACGCGUGUUGUUAAUAAAAUAACGGGAAAGAAAGUGUUCUACCACAAAAUCAUUGUCGAAUCGGCCGAUAACAAAGAGUUCGUCAGUGUCAAAUGUAUUACGACGUCUGGCCCAGUCUACAAUGUAACCAGACAUAGUCAUAGCAUAGCAACUCGUAGUGUACUACCGCCCGGAUUUGAGGAACCAAUCGACUUAGAUAUCACAACAUCACUUACCGAAUAUGCACCGGAACCAACGUUAAAUGUUGGGGUGCGACAAGGCGGCGAGAUUGUUACUGGUGAAUUGAAUGUCAGUCCUGGAACUCCAUUGGCCAUGGAAAUUUAUUUGGACAAACAAUCGGCACCAGUUUAUGGAUUAGGAGUGACCUACAUGCAGGUGACUGAUACAAAGUCACAGGAGGAGACGAUCAUCUUCAACGGCUGUUCGGUCGAUCCGUAUCUGUUCGACAAUUUCAACACCGUCGAUGGCGACUUCUUGUCGGCCAAAUUUAGAGCAUUCAAAUUUCCCGAAUCCACGUACGUGCAGUUCAGAGGAUCGGUGAAUGUUUGCUUGGACAAGUGCAAGGGCAUCCAGUGCAGUAACGGACAAAUCGGUUACGGCCGCCGAAAACGAGAAAUUGCAUCGUCGGUCGAUCCGAACAAAGUCUACGAAAUAUCGAUGACCACAUUCAUCAAAGUUACCAAUGAAGAUGGUGCUGAUCCAAAUGCCAUUACCGAACUGGAAGAGAAGUUGGUGCAGCUGAAAAUAGCCAACCAAAAGCUACCUCGGAAUAGCCGCGGCAGUAGCGUUUUCGAAAGUGUGCAAGAUCACAAAGAUUCGCAUCUAGGCGAUUCCGAGGCAAUUGUCGAAGAGACAACCAUAUUCCGGACGCAGACUAACGGUGCGCACACAGCAGCCACACUGGGUAGUGCAAUCGUAACCGUAUCGGUGCUUGUGAUAAAAUUUAUUUUGUAAAAUAAAAGCCGACAAAGAUGAGCGUUGGCAAUCGUUUUGACUAAAGUGAUUGACCUCGACCGGAAUAUAAUUUAUUGAAUUUGUUUGAAAGAAAGAAAGGAAAAAAAGCCGAAGAGCGUAGGAGGGAAGGUGAUUGCGAUUUAUAAACUGCAAGACAAUGACUCACAAUGAAUUUUAAAUGAUGUCCAUGCCCACAUGUUGUGUAAAUUGAAAGACGAAGCAAAACAAGAAAAAAGUUAAAAAAAAAACCAAACGUGAUAUAACCAACAUCAUAAUUAACAUUCGACAAAUAAAAUUUGUUUUAAGCCAAAAUUCUAACCCAGUGCUUCCGCGAAUUGACCGCUAUACAUCUCUGCUAUUUUUCUAACACUUUUUUUUUCAACGAAUGUGGACACACCGAAAUAGUCUGCACACUCGUCAGGUAUACGUAGGAGGGAGAUGGAGAGAUAGAACGAGAAUGAAAGAUGAUGGUCUAAGAUAUGGUCAGAGAAUGCCCUCUAAGCCAGACAAAAAAGUGUGUGCGUUGGUCGUGUCGUUUGAAUAUAAUUAUUCCAGAACUUAACACGAUCCGAAUUGUUGAUUUGUGAUUUUUUAUGCAGAAUCCGUCCGGAAAACGAAAUGUAAAUUAUCACGACCCAACAAUGUUGUGACAAUAAAAUAUGCGAACACAAUUCAUAUAUCGAAUUGAUUAUUAACGUUAGGCUGACUUCCAUAUUAAUGUGUAUGUAAUAAGCAAGCAUUAAGUUAAGUGAGUUUCUUUUUCGAUUUUUGUAAAGAUUUAUUUCAAAACCAACUCGUUGUUCUAUUAAGUCCACUAGUCUCGUAAGAUUAAUUAAAAACGAAUUUUGUAACAAAUUAAUUAAGUGAAA